AUGGUUUCGAGACCGGCACGUCAUCAGAGACAACUUGCUUUUACCGUGGAGUCGCUGUGGUUCGGUUUUGUACCUGCGGUGUGCACACGGCAGUGCAGGUACUCGCGCUCCGCGUGGGUGCAUGGUGCGGCAUGCGCUACGCGCACCGCGGCAGUUAUGCCAUCGGCACGCUCCUCGCCUACACACAAGAAGCACUUGCGUGUGCCAGUUGCCUGUGCGAGCGUGAGCAGCCACCAGGGAACGGAGCCCGAGAGCCGCUAUCCGAAACCGCAGCUCCGGGAGGCGCGCACUAUCCGGGAACCACCAGCAAGUGCUGCGCUCAGUGCCGCACAGCGACGGCAGCUACGCGAGGAGGCCGAGGCACCGUUCCGCAAAGCGCGCCAGUUUCUCUAUGCCGGCGGCGUUGCGAGUGCAACCAUCGCCAGCGUUAUCGCGCUGAGUAGCCUGGUGGCCCUCACGGGCAGUGCAACCGCCACCGAGAGCUGGUGGCAGGCUGCGCGCAACCUCGGUAUCGACGUGACCUCUGGUGUGCUCUGUGCAGCACUCUACCGCUGGGACGAUGUGGCUGCCAAGCGACGCCUCGAGCGCAUGCAACAGGGAGCGCGCCUCGCUGCGCUACAGCUAGAGUCGGAGCCGGGACCUCGCUGGCGCUUUCCCCUCGCUUCCCUGCGAGGGCAGUAUCGAGUCAUCAUCACUGUCACGAGUCUGGAGAAAGCGCGCGAGUGGCUCGCUCAGGCCGAGCCGCAUUCGGAUGCACUCAUUCAGCGGAGCGUUGUCUGGGUGCCAGUCCUCUGGGACGCGGCCCGACAAACGCCUACAGUGCCGUCCAGCGCGGAAACGCGGUCUGCUUCAGGUGUGCUCGAUGCUUGGCUCGUUGCCCUGGAUGCCGCCCGCAGACGAGCGAAUGCAUUCUGGAUCGCAACCCCAGCGAAUCCUCAGGAAUGGCUUGCCUGGAUCCGGGAAGAGUGUGCGCGUGCAUCGAAUGUGAAACCGAGCGAUGAUCUCACGUUCGUCAUUCGCAGGGACGGUCGCGUCGGUGCACGAAUCCGCGGACUGGUGCGCCUGCCGCGCCUCAUGGCGGACCUGGAUCGGCUCGGGGCCCAAGCGCCGCGCUAG